CCCGUGUGACAGAAUUCCAUUGAUGUUGGUCAGUUGGCUAAAACUGCUGACGUAGGCCUGCCAUCAUGUAUUCGGCCCUUCCAUUCAUAUUUUGGGGACUGGAAUUGCAAUGACGCAGCUUCCGGCUCAGUGCCCGCGUUGCUCCUUCCUGAUACGCGGGUGCUAGGCGGGGAGUGACAAACACGAUGUUCGAAAACGCCACGCGGACGUUGUGGUUUCAGCUCUCGGAGAAAUACAGCCGCUCUCUCUCGCCUAAAAUCAUGGGAAGUGAAGCUCAGCAGCUGAAGUAGGAGCGGACUGAAGCAUAAAACGAGCAAGAGUCUUCGGACAUCGUCUGCAUCGGUUUUUCACGAUCCCACCAUCUCAAAUAUUCCAAUCAUUACCUGAGAAUACCCCGUGGAUAGGACAAAACAGACCACAUCGCCUGGAACCCAGCCAUCAGACCCCAAGCCAGCUCCGCAGAAAUAUGGCUUUCAUCAAAUCCAUCGCCCUUUGCGCCAUCGCAGUGUCGCCAGUGCUGGGUCUACCUGGAAGCAAAAGCUCUGCGCCCUGCCCACAGCCUACCUACCAAGCUUGCGGUGGCUUUGUCGUCGACCCCAAGCCCUGCCCCAAGGGACAUAUAUGCAUCGACGACCCAAGGAAGCCGGGCUGCGGAAUGGCCUGCGACAUGCCUGGCAUUUGCGUCGAGCCAAUCCCCUGCAUGGGCUUCGUCGGAAAACCAUGCGAGGACGAGAACAAGAUCUGCGUCGACGACCCUACGGAUACCUGCGAUCCCAAGAAUGGCGGGGCUGACUGUCUUGGUCUUUGCGUCUAGAGAAGCCCCCAUGUCGUGAAUGGGCGGAUCCAGGAGGCUUGAGCAGGCAGUUUCCUGUCACCUGGAGACAAAAGAUGGCGGUGAGGAUCGAUGGGAGAUCAAGGCGAACAGGCGCGCGAGGAGGCAGGGUGGUGUCGGCGAUGGGAGAGAAGGGCGCAAAUGUGCCGCUAUAUCGCGGAAGCAGGCGUGGCGGUGCAACGUCUUUUAGAAUGCUAGAAUUACCUCCACCCGGGCCUAAAAGAUACACAUAUUGCCGCGCUCCAGCGCCUCUGAUGCCUCCAGGUUGCG